AUGUCUACCGAAGACAAGUUCAACACAAUCGACUCCGAAAAGAACACGACACUGACGAAUGUUGCGGAAGUGUCUAUCGAUGAUGAUGUCCCCGAGGUCGACUAUGAAGGCGAGAAAUCCGCCAUAAGGAAGAUAGACAGGAAUCUAAUUGUUGUAUUCGCUGCGCUGUAUAUGAUGUCCUUUUUAGAUCGAUCGAACAUCGGGAAUGCCAAUCUGACUGGGUUCAGCACCGAUCUUGGACUCAAGGGUAAUGAGUACGGUGCGGCUGUUUCUCUGGUAUACGCUACUUAUGUCAUCUUCGAGCCUAUAUGGGCUGUAUCGCUGAAGAUGAUCGGUCCAAGGAACGUCUUGACUGGGACUACCAUAUGUUGGUCAGCCUUGACUGUUGGCACCGCUUUCGCCAAGAAUUUCGGGCAUCUUGCAGCCAUCAGAGUUCUCUUGGGUGCUCUGGAGGCUGGUGUGAUCCCUUGCAUCAACGUAUACCUCACCAUGACAUAUCAACGACACGAGUAUAUGACUAGAAUCACAGUAGUAUUCGUCGCGUCAGCUCUUUCCGGAGCUUUCGGUGGUCUGUUGGCUUACGGCUUGAGUCAACUUACCGCGGGUGGUCUUCACGGUUGGCAAUGGAUGUACAUUGUCGAAGGCUUGAUCUCCUUCUGUCUUGCACCUGUUGCUUGGUGGCAGAUCCCCAAUUCGAUUGCCGAAGCUCGGUGGCUGAACGAAAGGGAGAAAGCCGCAAUGAAAGUGCGGUUGGAGAGGAACAGGCAUAUCUAUGAUCCCGACGAGAAGUUCAGUCACAAAGCAAUUCUGGCAUCAUUCAAGGAUCCGAGGGUAUACGUACACGCUGUUACUCAUUUCGGUAUCGAUUGCACUCUGUACUCCUUGACUACCUUUAUGCCAACCCUCGUCGCUGGUCUGGGUUUCACUUCCACGGUCACUGCUCAACUGCUCACGGUUCCAGUGUAUGCCAUCGCCGGUAUAUCAUUCGCUAUAUGCGGCACCAUGUCAGAUAGGAAGAAGAUCCGGUCACCCUUCCUGGUCUUCGCUCUAUCGACGUGUCUGAUCGGUUAUAUCAUUUUGGCCGUUGCGCCUCAGGUAGGAGUGAGGUAUGCGGGGGUAUUCAUAGCCGCAAUCGGUCUAUACACAAGUACCGCUAUACACAAUAUGUGGGUAGCGGAUAAUAUGGCUGGACACUACAAACGGGCUUUCAGUAUAGGUUUCGUUUGUUUAGUCGGCAACAGCUCCGGAGCGUGUAUCGGCUUCAUAUUUACCGCCCAAACCAAACCCCGUUAUCUGCCCGGCCUUCACUUUGAUAUCGGAAUGACUCUGAUGGCAAUGGUCGGGGUUAUUUUGCAGUCAUUCUAUUGUCGAUACCUCAACAAGAAAAAGAGGGAAGCCAUCGCUGCUGGAGCACCUAAUGAUCCCUCAUUGGGCGACAAGAACCCUCAUUACAUGUUUUUCCUCUAA